UAAACGAAUAAUUUGUUUUUUUUUAGAACGCAUAAAUUUAAAUUUGCAGCAUGUCAUUAGUGAGUGAUUACGAGUCGGAAGCGGUGAUUGUGGGCCACCGAGGGUUCAAGGCCAAGUACACUGAAAACACUCUCCAUGGGUUUGAAAAGUGUUUUGGGCUGGGGGCAACUUCAAUUGAAACUGAUGUUUGGUUGACCAAAGAUCAAGUUGUGAUAAUAUCUCAUGAUGUUUCCACUAAACGGAUUUUUUGCGAUGCUGAGGGUAACCCAACCGAUUACAAUAUAUUAGAAACGAACUAUUAUGAUACUUUGAAGAAUUUGCAAACCAUUGAGCUGGGGGAGAAACUAUUGACUUUUAGAGAUGUGUUGUCGUGGUUUUAUGACUAUGUUAAACAGCAUGAUUCCAAUAGUCAUAAAUUAAUGUUGGAUAUCAAGAGGUUUAAUCCAACGAAAUUAAUCAAAUAUCUAAUCAAAGAUUUAUUACAUGUACAUAACGAUUUGGGUUGGUGGUUGCAUCGUAUCCAAUUUGGGAUUUGGGAUUUGAGUUUUAUCAAAUAUUUGAACCAAGAUGACGAUUUUCAAAAACUCUUCAGUAAUAUUAAGAACCCUCUUGGGUUCAAGCAGUUUGAAAUCAUCCAUAUCAGUUUUAGCUGGAGAGAUUCUUUACAUUACUUACGUUAUAAUGCUUAUUUAGAUGAACAAAAUAAGGAUCCCGAUUCUAAUUUGGUUUUGUUUAAAGUCAGUGGGGUCUCGCUACUUUAUCUCCUGACCUGGUCAAUUCAAUUCUUGACGGUUUUCGUGCCUUUGUUGAAACAUCAAGACUUGUCGCUUUAUUCUUGGACUAUCAAUAAUUUCCAACAAUUUGACUACUUGUUGGCCUUGGGUCGGAUCUCCAAUUUGAGGGAAUUCGGGGUGGUUACCGAUCAUCCCGAUCUAAUGGUUGACCACAUGAACGGCCAAACCUCCUUGAGCAAUUCCAGUGACGAUGAGUUGGCUACCGAAUUGACUAGAUUGACUACUUCCCAUGAAUCGUGGGUUGAAAAACAAACCCUCCAUUUAACUUGGGAACAGAGAUUUGCCCAUUUCCUCUUUGUCCUGUUCCAAAGACUAGCCCAAUCAAAAAUGCUCACUAAGGAAGAACUCCAGUUCGACUCCAUCGUCGAUGAAAACGAAAUCAGAGUCACCAAACCCAAUCCUUUCUUUGGUUGGGUCUUUUCCACUUGUCAAAAAUUUGGUAUCUUCUAAAUUUAUCACACCCGUACAUAUCAACCGGAGCCACACCCGUACAUAUAUUUAUACAUAUUUUUUUUCUACUUCUCUUCUCUAUGAUAUUUUGCUUUUAAUACAUAAAGCUCAUCUGUG